CACAACUCACAUUUUGUUUGCCAAACUAUCUACUCACAUAUCGCUUUAGAUAUUUGGGGUGGCAAGUGGGGUAGUGUGAGAUAUUUUUCUUAACAAAUUUUGUAUUUUAGGUGCGGAAAUCCUAAUAUUGCUAUCCCUAUAUAAAUUUGGCAGACCCACGAACACAAUCCACACAAUUUCAUAGAUAAGAAGUAGAGCAAAAGAAGUAUACUAGUUAUUACUUACGAGAGUCGAGGGAUUCAAAAAAAGCUUGCCCGAAAGCAAUGACGACUGUGGCCGGCUUGCCCAAGUACGUGGUGCUGAAGUCCAAGUCCGUCGGCAAAUACCUUCACUACCUCUGGAACGACGAGUUCGGCGAGUACUACAAGGACCUGGGGUGCAAGCGCGACGUUGACCCGGUCAACCCGUUUGUCCAAUUCGAGGUGGUUCCAUCCGCCGCCGACGCCACCCUCAUCCACCUCCGAUGCUCCUACAACAGCAAGUUCCUGACGGUGGACACCAAGCACGGCGUGCGCUGGAUCUCCGCCACCGCCGACGCCCCCGAGGAGGACCGGACCAAGGACACCUCCACCUUGUUCCAGCCCAUCUUCCCCGCCGGCGAGCCCAACACUGUGGGCCUCCUGCACGUGCAGUCCCAGCGCCACGUGCGCCCGUUCUCCAACGCGGACUAUCCCGACAAGAUUAAUCAGGUCGCGUGCGCCUACUCCGUCGACGGCGACAAUUUCCACCGGUUCGAGUUCGUGGCUUGGGAGUCGUACGAGGACAAGAUGAAGGCCAAGGAUGAGGAGAUCCAGAAGCUGAAAGCCCAGGCCGACGACGGGGAGAGCCUCAGCGCAGAUGCUAUUGUGGAAGAGCUGAGGAAUGAUAUUAAGGAGCAGAAUGAGCAGCUGGACGAGGCGUAUAAGGAGAUUGAUGAGAAGGAUGCACAGAUCAAGGCUAAGGAUAAGGAAAUCGCCGCCUUGAAAGCCGCCGCCGCCGCCAAGUAAUUCUCACUGUACUACUUUACGUCAAGGAUGAUUUUUUUUAUAUAUAUAGCGAUCGAGUUCGUUGUCAGUCUGCAGCCAAGCGAGUUUUGGAGGCACUACAUGUAUGCAUGGACGUCUGUUAAUUUCCUAUGCUUGUACGAUCAUUAUGCUGCUGGUAUAAAUAAAUGUCUUUUGUUGGAUACUUUGCAGAUUACUUUAGCCUCUCUUGGCAACAAAAAGCAAUAGCUAAGGAUCGAAAAUUGCCCAAAAAUUGGCAGAAGCUACUUAACAGUUGCAGCAAAGCAAAAUUGAAAGAACCUAACUUUCGAAUGAAAGCUAGAGAACACACAUAAGCCAUAAUUCACUGCUUUGCGCUACUUGAAGAGCUGUAAGCCUGUUCAAAAUCACCACGCUGGUAUUAAUUGUUUAAGUCUGUGCGUUUUGGGUAGUUUGUGAAGUCAGGAAGUUUAAUUAUUGGAAAUAUUCCACAAUACAUAGGUUGCUAAAAUAUUUCCACAAUUAUCAUAGGACCUCCAUUUCUUCUAGACGUGUCUUGAAGAUUGACCUGAUGAAGGCAUUUGAUUCUGUGAAUUGCAAAUUUCUGUUAAAGGUUAUGGGGGCUAUGAAUAUUCCAGUGAGUUUUAUUAAGUUGAUUGAAGCUUGUGUCACAACCCCUAUGCUAAGUGUGCCUUUCAAUGGGGGCUUUGUGGUUAUUUCCCAGCAGGCAAAGGGUUAAGGCAAGGGGACCCCUUGUCCCCCUACCUGAUUACCAUUGCCAUGGAGGUCUUUUCACGUAUGUUAGCUAGGGAUGUUUCUCAAAAUCUUAUUCCAUAUCACCCAAAGUGUAAAAGUCUUGAAAUCACUCACCUCUGUUUCGCGGAUGACCUACUGGUUCUUUCAAAUGGUUCAGUUAGGGAAGUUGUUGGGGUCAAGAGGUUACUGGACAAAUUCUACCAUGUUUCUGGGUUGAGAUGCAACUUGGCCAAGUGCCAAUUGUUCUGUGCAGGAAUCUCAAAGGAAGAGCAGAAAUGGAUAUCAGACCUUACAGGGUUUCCCUUGGGGGAACUGCCAGUGAAAUACCUUGGAGUCCCUCUUCUGUCUGGUAGAUUGUCAGCUCAAGAUUGUAGCAUUCUGGUCAGUAGAAUUACUAAGAGGAUUACAACUUGGCAAGCAAAGACUCUUAGCUAUGCUGGAAGAAUUCAAUUGAUUUCUUUUGUUAUCACUAGUGUGUUUCAGUAUUGGAUGACUGUUUUUCUAUUGCCAAUGAGAGUUUUGAAGUCAAUUGAAGAGGUGUGCAAUAAGUUCUUCUGGGGGUUGGGUUGAAUGGGAGGAAGAAAGCACCUGUAUCUUGGUCUAAAGUUGCUAUGCUCACAAAAGAAGGGGGAUUACGGAUCAGGGACUUCAAGAAGUGGAAUUUGCUGGCUGAGGCUGGUUCUUUGUGGGUUGCCUGGAUUCAGAAGUAUAGGAUUAAAGGGCGUGACAUAUGGGAGAUUCCUGCAAGCUCAGUCAGUUCAUGGGUGUGGACGAAAGUGCUUAAAUGCAGAGGAUUGGCUCAUACUCACAUAUCUGGAACAGGUAAUAAUCUGGCUUAGAUGGG